CCCGCCCGGCAUGGCGUCCCUGCGCGCCAAGGACGCCUACCUGCAGGGCCUGGCCCGGAGGAUCUGCGCCCGGCCCAGCCCGGAGCCGCGGGGCCGCAAGUCCGGUGGCAAGACUCGGGGCACAGAAGCCACUGGGCCCCCAAGUAAGAAGAGGAGGAAAGCACAGAAGAAAGUCAGGGAGCGGAAGGAGAAGGCUGUGGAGCCCAAGGCCCAGCCCCUGCCAGAGAAGUCUCCAGUAGAUUCUGGGGCCAGGAAGCCAGCAGCAGCCAAGGACGAGGCAUCCCAGCCCAGGGGGACCCCUGCAGGUGGUCUCGCCACAGAGCCGGACUCCCUCUUCGCCCUGGAUGUUCUGCGGCAGCGUCUACACGAGAAAAUACAGGAGGCCCGAGGCCGGGGCGCCACCGAGGCGCUGUCUCCAGCCGUUUUGGAGAAGCGCCGGCGGAGGAAGCAGGAGCGGGAGCGGAAGAAGAGGAAGCGAAAGGAGCUGCGAGCCAAGGAGAAGGCAACCGCGGCCCCGGAGGCCCCCCAGGCUCCUCCAGAGGCGCCCAGUGACCAGGCGCAGGGGCCGCCCGGGCUGCUCUUCAACAAGGUGGAGGUGGGCGACGACGGGCCGGCCAGCCAGGCCCAGCGGAGGAAGGAGAAGAGGCAGAAGGUGAAGGGGAACCUGACGCCGCUGAGCGGGCGCAACUACCGGCAGCUGCUGGAGCGGCUGCAGGCCCGGCGCGAGCGGCUGGAGGAGCUGCGGGAGCGGGACGCGGGCCAGGCGCGGGCCCUGGAGGCCAAGAUGCAGUGGACCAACCUGCUGUACAAGGCGGAGGGCGUGAAGAUCCGCGACGACGAGCAGCGGCUGCAGGACGCCCUGAGGCGCAAGGAGAAGCGGCGGGCGCAGCGGCAGCGGCGCUGGGAGAAGCGCACGGCCCAGGUGGUGGAGAAGAUGCAGCAGCGGCAGGACCGGCGGCGGCAGAACCUGCGCCGGAAGAAGGCGGCCAAGGCCGAACGGCGCCUGGAGAAGGCCCGCAAGAAGGGCCGGGUCCUGCCCCAGGACCUCGAGCGGGCCGGCCUGGUGUGAGGGCUGGGGCACAGGCCCGGCCCCCUGGCCCUGCCUGCAGCUGCCACGGAAGCUCGAGGGCACCUCCAAGGGGCUGAGGCUGGACCCCCACCCCCACCCCAGCCUGCGCAGACUCGGCUCCAGGGGUGUCCAGUGGACGUGCUCACCUUCCUGUUGAGAAGAUGGUUCGUCAGCCCACCUCUGGACCCCCGUCUCGGAGUGGGGUGUCUCUUCUGUCUGGUGUUCACUGGGGCCGUGGGUGUCAGCAGGGAGAGCCUUUGUGACGCCUGCCGCCGUCCAUACCCCUCAGGCUGCCUGCAUCCUGAGCGGAGGGGCUCUGGCCUGCGGGCGGGGUGGGCUGACCCCAGCCUGCUGGCCUCUGGAGCCAGCACCCACCCGCCCCCCUCCCGCCUCCGCCGGUGACUGUUCAUUUCUGUUCCUCAGUACUCUUGUGGGGGACCUUCCCAGAGCCUGGGGACUGGACUUGGCCUCGUGCCCCGGGCCGUGGUUUGGGCACCACCCCUGAGCAAUGGCGAGGAGCCUGCUGUGACCUGGGGAGGGGGCAGGAGCCUUGUGCCCACAGCUUAUCAGGUCUCCCAGCACGUGAUAAGCACGGUGGGGGGCAGGCAAAUGCGGGAUGUUUCCUGGUUGUCACAGAGGAAAACCUGAGCAGCUAUUUGGAAAUGAGUCUCCCUCCCCCACCUCCACCCCCCAGACCACCUCAGUAAAGCAGGUGGUGUUCCCCCGCCGCAGCUCUGAAGGUGCGAGUGAGCAGCCUGCCUUCUGCCCUCGCGGCCCGGAGGCUCAGGCACCGUGAGGGGAGCACGUGGUAGGCUUCUCAUUCUGAGUGGGUUGAGAAUGUCCCAGGCCUGUGAGAGGCCCAUCUGGAGGUUUGGGCUGUCUGAGGCGGCCACGAGGGGCCCCCUGGGCUCUCCCUCAGGAGCCAAGGCCACGCUCAGGCGGGCGGCUCGACUCCCUCGGCCACUAGUGUGGAAUUCCAGGCUCCCGCCCCCUUCACAGCGGUCACCCCAGUAGACCACUUGCUCCCUCAGCAACUCAGCCUGCCUCCUGGUGGGAUGAAACCCCAGGUGUGCGAGGUGUCCAGAGGGAGAACAGCUGGACACUGCCCUGAAGCAGCCAGCCUGACACUUGCACCUCAGAAAGCUCACACCCGCCGACAGCUGUCUUGCUUGCCAAGUGGUGCCUCUUCACCUCGGCUCCGGAGAAGGGGUGCUGCUAGAGAGAGGAGUGUGGGCUGGAGGCCGUGUUCUGAGAAGCACCAGGUGCUCGCGCCGGCCGGGGGUGGGCCCUGUGCUGACGGAUCCAGCGGGGAAGGUCAGCGCCGGGAGCGCUGCUGGUGGGCACUGGCAUGGGGCAGGAGGCACGGCUUGUAAUUUGGAGGCUUCAACCAGGAUGUUCAUGGGGUGUUAGUCGUGGAGGGGGCUGCACCUCCCCCUGCAGUGACCUUUAGGGCUAACCGGCCCUAGGUCCGGCUGGGCAACCAGCGCGCAGCGGGAGAACAGCAAAACCCUACAUAACCUGCUGCACCUCCCCCCGCAGUGACCUUUAGGAAUGGCUUUCGCCACGGUCCCUAGAUCCGGCUGGGCAACCAGCGCGGGGG